AUGCCCGACGACUCCAAGAAGAUUGUGCUCAAGGUGGAGAUCGCCGGCGACGAGUGCAAGGCCAGCCGCGCCAUGAGCACCGUCGCCAAGUUCUGUGGGGUGAAGUCGAUGGCGGUGGACGGCGAGAAGGGGACGCUGACGGUGGUGGGCGCGGUGGACGUGGUACGCGCGGCCAAGGCGCUGCGCAAGGCCGGCUUCGAGGCGCGCGUCCUCAGCGUCGGCCCGGAGAAGAAGCCCGACGAGGCCACCGCCAAGAAGCCGGCCGACGACGAGGCCAAGAAGCCGCCGCCGUGCUGCGCGGGCUGCGGCGCCUGCUGCCCACCAGCUUCGGUCCCGGUGGCGGUGGCCCCCUUCCCUGGCGCCGUCGUGUGCUACGAGGAGCGCCACCCGGGCAACGGCUGCGCCAUCCUCUGA